AUUUUGCAAGAGCAUAAAAAUCGUGUUACAAUUUUACCGUUGUGCAGAAAUUUUUACCUGCGGUGUGGUCCGUUUGGAUCAUAAAAAGUUAUGAAAAAGCAAUAAGAUAUGAUUUUGGAAGAUAUUUUUAACUGCCUUUAGCACCGUUUACGCAUUACGAUUGACGCAUCACUCGGCAAGUCCGCAGGAUUCAAGCUAUAAAGCCAUAAAGGCUGAAAGCUGCAGUUUCUUUUGCUGUUCGGUUUUUAAUAUCAUUUUAUUCCACCGCGAUAUCUCCUGCCACGUUUGGUUUUGGACGGUAUGUGUUUCAUUGCCACCGUGUCAAAAUUGUGAUAAAAUGGAAGCGGAGGAAUUGAUUUUGACUGUGCCCGAACUGGCGGAAAUUCAGAAGGUAUUUAAGGAAGCCUUGCAACAGAAUUUUCACGAAGUUGAGGUGAAGGUGGUGGAAUGUCCAGACUUGAGAAAAGAGCCAUUCCGGAUGCCUGUCAAAGGACUGGGAGGAUGUCCCGGCAUCGCCGACGUUGGCGGAGUGAAAUACAUGCAGCCUAUUCCGCAACGCAGUCGUAAAUAUGAUUUGGUGGACGUGGGCAACAUAAUGGGGUACAAAGGAGAGUAUUCUAUCAUUGGAGCCGGCGCCGGCCCAUUUCCGGAGACUGGAUGUAAUUGCGAACUGAUGGCCAAUGUGCAUAAAAACGUGGAUGGAGAAAUCAAGAGUGUCUCUCAAACGGCAAAAAUCUUACCGCCGCUGAACUACAAUGUGGAUCUUUUGAUUUCGUCCAAGUUUGCCAUUCUGGGGAAUUUUUUCGCCAGCCAGGGUUUAACGGGACCGGUGCUCGAAGUGAAAGUCAAAAGACGAACCGGAGAGGAGAAUUUUAUUACGUGCAUGCGAAAAGCUCUUGCUGCGCGUUUCGGUGGGCAACCUGUUGGCAUCGGUGGAGUGUUUGUUGUUCCCAGCGGAAAACUUAAAAUACAUAUUAUGCCGGAUUUUGCUGACACUCCAUUGAAAAACGAGACCGAUGUCAACAAUUGGUUGAAAUUUUUCGAUUUUCCUGCUCCAAUGGUGUUUUAUUCGGUAUUCGUGUCUGAAGACCCGGGUUAUGAUUUACGCUUGGAACAUACGCACGGCCAUGCUCUCCUCGAUGAAAGUGGACAUUGUUCGUCGAACCACGGUGGUCACUAUCAUUACGAUACGACACCCGACGAAGUGGAAUACUGGGGAUACUUCAGCGUCGCGGAAAAGCUUUUCCGGAUUGACCGACCCAGUCCGACCGAAAAUUUAACGUCACUGCUUUUAGGAUUUUAAACUAUAGUUUCGUUACAUCAGAUUUAAAUUUAUUGUCCAAAAACUAUCACUGCCUGUGUUUCCACUUCCAUUGAUAUGCAGUGCCGGUUAAUUCUUGAAAAUAGUACUACCCUGGUGAUUAAAGAGUGACAGAGUAUCCUUUUAAUAACUGCUGCGCUCUGAUUUUGAUGUCCACACUGUUUAUGCCUUGCUGCGGAAAACCGAAUAAUUCAGAUAAUUAAACAAGAUUAAAAACUAAAUAAUAAAAAGAUUUUGUUGCAGUAUUUCAGAAAUACUGCAGAAAUACUAUUUCUUGAUUCUUUUUUGAACAACUCUGAGUCUGUGGCUCUGUGCGUAUUUCAGUUAUGAU